AUGGUGCAUCAGAACAUUCAGAUCGGUCUGGAGAAUGUCAUACGGGACUUGAAUCCUGAGAAUGCCCAGAGCCAACCAAAGGAAGAGAGAAAAGGGAACGUGACGUACGGCAUUGAUGAUGUACCGCCCUGGUAUUUAUGUAUAUUCAUGGCUCUACAGCACUACCUCACUAUGAUCGGCGCCAUAGUCGCGAUCCCUUUCAUCCUGUGCCCGGCGCUGUGCAUGCAGGAGACAGACCCUGACAGAUCCAACAUCAUCUCCACUAUGAUAUUCGUCACUGGGUUAGUGACCUGGUUUCAAGCGACGUUUGGAUGUCGCCUGCCCAUCGUGCAGGGUGGUACUAUAUCAUUCCUGGUGCCAACCCUGGCUAUCCUCGGCCUGCCGACUUGGAAGUGUCCAGACCCCGCAACCCUCUCAGCGAUGACGGAUGACGAGAGACGGCUCGUGUGGACAACCAGAAUGUGCGAAUUGUCAGGAGCUAUCGCUGUCUCGGCGUUGUUCCAAGUCUUUGGGGGUUACUUCGGCAUCAUCGGUUCCUUACUGCGGUUCGUGACUCCUCUCACUAUAGCGCCCACGGUAGCGUUAGUGGGACUUACAUUAUUCGACCACGCGGCCAGCGCUGCUUCCCAGCAGUGGGGCAUCGCCGCUGGAACUUUUACGUUGCUGACUAUAUUCUCACAAUGCAUGAGCGAAGUCCGGAUACCGACGUUGACGUGGAAGCGAGCGAGCGGCUUCACUAUGAUAUGGUUUCCACUGUUCAAGCUGUUUCCUGUGUUAUUAACUAUUGUUAUAAUGUGGGUGGUGUGCGGCGUGCUGACUGCUACCAACGUCUUCCCCGGGGGUCAUCCAGCCAGGACGGACCUCAAGCUGAACAUCAUAGAAGACGCUCCGUGGUUCAGAGUCCCGUAUCCAGGUCAGUGGGGUGCACCGACAGUGAGUGUGGCUGGUGUAUUGGGUAUGUUGGCUGGAGUACUCGCCUGUACUGUGGAGUCCAUCAGUUAUUAUCCCACAACAGCCAGAAUGUGUGCGGCGCCCCCUCCUCCUUUGCAUGCUAUCAACCGUGGUCUUGGCACGGAAGGCCUGGGAACCAUGCUGGCUGGACUAUGGGGCUCCGGGAACGGAACGAACACGUUCGGAGAGAACGUUGGAGCUAUUGGCGUUACCAAGGUAGGUUCUCGUCGCGUGGUGCAGUGGGCGGCUGGUCUGAUGGUGGUGCAGGGUGUCGUGGGUAAACUCGGAGCCGUCUUCAUCAUCAUACCGCAGCCUAUCGUCGGUGGACUCUUCUGUGUCAUGUUUGGAAUGAUUUCCGCAUUUGGUCUAUCAGCUCUCCAGUACGUGAACCUGAACAGUUCUCGUAACCUGUACAUCAUCGGCUUCAGUCUGUUCUUUCCUCUUGUUCUGACUCGUUGGAUGUCUGAACACAGCGGCGUCAUACAAACUGGUGUAGAGGCUCUUGAUGCGGUACUUCAAGUACUACUAUCUACCAGCAUCCUGGUGGGAGGAGUGGUCGGUUGUUUGUUGGACAACCUGAUACCAGGCACUGAUGAGGAGAGAGGUCUGGCUGCGUGGGCGAAGGAGAUGAGUCUAGAAACUAGUGGCGACUCCCACGGUAAUACUUACGACUUUCCCAUAGGAAUGAGUCUCGUUACACGAUUCAAAUGGACCCAGUACCUGCCGUUUAUGCCGACCUAUGAAUCCGGUAAAUUUACAGAUCUGUUCAAGAGGAAAAAGGAAUCUUAA